ACUUGCAUCCAGGGUGUCGGUGCCGAUACCAUCUGCGUGUUUACACUAUGCUUGGACUUUCAUUCACAUUUGUCUCAUCGUAGCUCCAACUCGUCACGCCAAAGAUGAUUUAUUCCAACCCGGGGAACACACUCCGGACUCCGUUUCGCAAGCAGUCACCUGUCGCCCUGCUGUCUCCGCCCAUGGCCCCGCCCAUGGCCCCGCCCAUGGCCCCGCCCAGCCCAGGCAGCAGUGGCAGCAGCAGCAGCACCGCCGGCUGGGAGCAGCUGAGCAGGACUAACUUGUACAUCCGAGGACUGUCCCCGUCUACCAGCGACCGUGACCUCGCCCGCCUGUGCCAGCCGUAUGGCAAGAUUGUAUCGACAAAGGCCAUCCUGGACAAGGCGACUAACAAAUGCAAAGGUUAUGGCUUCGUGGACUUUGAUAGUCCGGCUGCAGCCCAGAAAGCCGUGAACGCCCUCAAGAGCAGCGGGGUUCAAGCUCAGAUGGCAAAGCAACAAGAGCAGGACCCGACCAACUUGUACAUCUCCAACCUGCCGCUGUCCAUGGAUGAGCAGGAGCUGGAGAACAUGCUGAAGCACUUCGGCCAGGUCAUCUCUACUCGCAUCCUGAGGGACUCCAGUGGAGCCAGCAGAGGAGUCGGCUUUGCCAGGAUGGAAUCCACAGAAAAAUGCGACGCGGUCAUUUCUCACUUCAACGGCAAGUUCAUGAAGACGCCGGCAGGUGUGCCAGCACCUUAUCAACCUUUGCUCUGCAAGUUUGCUGACGGCGGGCAGAAGAAGAGACAAAGCCAGAACAAGUUUCUCUCCGGCAGUCGAGGCUGGCUUAGAGAGGGAAGCGCCAGACUGGCUGGUAUGGCACUCACCUACGACCCCGGUGCAGCUGCCGUGCACAACGGGUUCUUCCCGGCAGCGUACGGCAUCUCCAACAGGAUCGUUGCUCACACCUCCAUGUCUCCCUACAUGUCUCCACUCUCUGCAUACCAGGUGCAAAACCCCUCAUGGCUGCCUCACCAAGCGUACCUCUUGCAGCAUCCAGCUGCAGUCAUGUCGCCCCCUAUGGAGCCUCCCUUGUCACUGCAGCACACCUCCCUCAUGUCCCCGCUCACGCAGCACAUGAGUCACAUGACCUUGGGCAACACUGGAGGGUUCAUGGCGACCAACCCCCCCCUGGCAGGCGCGUACCUGCCUGCGUACUCGCAGGUGCACUCGGCAUGCCUACCUGGCCAGGUGAGUCCUGCAUGGGUGAAAGAGAGAGUGACAUCACCACUUUGUCACUUGCAGGACAACGGCCUGUCGUCACAGGCGGACACACCUGGCAACCCCUCCCCGUAUCCAUAGCAACACGGCGUCAGCAACAAGGACCCUUCCACGCCGUGUCAGCAUCUUUUGCCUUUUCGUCAAAACAUUUUCCAAACCUUUCAUCGGGUGCUGGAAAAGACUCCGUUUUGGAAAAAAAAAAAAAAAAAAAGCUUUUAUUUUCUUACAGGAAAUGUUUAUUUUUUACCAAAGAUUGUUGCCAAAUACAAGAAAGAAACACGCACUGCAACAAACAUCUUUUUUUUUUUUACAAUGUUUUCAUGCUUGCUGUGUGGGCGUGGCCACGGCAAUGUGCCUGCGCAUGUGUGUGUGUGUGUGUGUGUGUGUGUGUGUGUGUGUGUGUGUGUGUGUGUGUUUCUUUAGAAGGGCGAUGUGGUCUGACUCCACUUUCACUCCACUCUGGGCAUGAUCUACUAAGAGUUUGCAUGUACUAAAACACACCUGAUCAACUAAAUGCCUGCAAUCCAUUUUAUCCAUCCAUCUUCUUCCCCUUAUCCGAGGUUGUGUCUCGGGGGCAGCAGCCUAAGCAGAAAAGCCCAGACUUCUGUUUUCCCAGCCACUUGGUCCAGCUCCUCCCGGGGAUCCCGAGGCGUUCCCAGGUCAGCCGGGAGACAUAGUCUUCCCAACGUGUCCUGGGUCUUCCCCGCGGCCUCCUACCGGUUGGACAUGCCCGAAACACCUCCCUAGGGAGGCGUUCGGGUGGCAUCCUGACCAGAUGCCCGAACCACCUCAUCUGGCUCCUCUCCAUGUGGAGGAGCAGCGGCUUUACUUUGAGCUCCUCCCAAAUGACGUAGCUUCUCAGACUAUCUCUAAGGGAGAGACCCAAACUCAUUCCGGCCGCUUGUACCCGUGAUCUGGUCCUUUCUGUCAUGACCCAAAGCUCAUGACCAUAGGUGAGGAUGGGAACGUAGAUCGACCGGUAAAUUGAGAGCUUUGCCUUCCGGCUCAGCUCCUUCUUCACCACAACAGAUCGAUACAACGUCCGCAUUACUGAAAACCCCGCACCGAUCCGCCUGUCGAUCUCACGAUCCACUCUUCCCUCACUCGUGAACAAGACUCCGAGGUACUUGAACUCCUCCACUUGGGGUAAGAGCUCCUCCCUAACCCCAAAGAUGGCACUCCACCUUUUUCCGGGCGAGAACCACGGACUCGGACUUGGUCGCUUCACACUCGGCUGCGACCCGAUCCAGUGAGAGCUGAAGAUCCCGGCCAGAUGAAGCCAUCAGGACCACAUCAUCUGUAAAAAGCAGAGACCUAAUCCCACAACCACCAAACCAGAAUCCCUCAACGCCUUGACUGCGCCUAGAAAUUCUGUCCAUAAAAGUUAUGAACAGAAUCGAUGAAAAAAGGGCAGCCUUGGCGGAGUCCAACCCUCACUGGAAACGUGUCCGACUUACUGCUGGCAAUGCGGACCAAGCUCUGACACUGAUCAUACAGAGUGGAUCGCCACAAUCAGACAGUCCGAUACCCCAUACUCUCUGAGCACUCCUCACAGGACUUCCCGGGCGGGGUACACGAUCGAAUGCCUUCUCCAAGUCCAAAAAUCACAUGUAGACUGGUUGGGCAAACUCCCAUGCACCCUCAAGGACUCUGCCGAGUGUAUAGAGCUGGGACACAGUUCCAGGACCAGGACGAAAACCACACUGUUCCUCCUGAAUUCGAGGUUCGACUAUCCGGCGUAGCCUCCUCCCCAGUACACCUGAAUAAACCUUACCGGGAAGGCUGAGGAGUGUGAUCCCACGAUAGUUGGAACACACCCUCCGGUUCCCCUUCUUAAAGAGAGGAACCACCACCCCAGUCUGCCAAUCCAGGGGUACCGCCCCCGAUGUCCAUGCGAUGUUGCAGAGUCAUGUCAACCAAGACAGCCCCACAGCAUCCAGAGCCUUAAGGAACUCUGGGCGGGUAUCAUCCACCUCCAGGACCUUGCCAGCGAGGAGUUUUUUAACUACCUCAGCACCAGAAAUAGGAGAUCCCACCACAGAUUCUUCAGGCACUGCUUCCUCAUAGGAAGACGUGUUGGUGGGAUUGAGGAAGUCUUUGAAGUAUUCCCUCUACCGAUCCACAUCAUCCGCAGUUGAGGUCAGCAGAACACCAUCUGCACCAUACACGGUGUUGACAGUGCACUGCUUCCCCUUCCUGAGGCGGCGGAUGGUGGUCCAGAAUCGCUUCAAAGCCGCCUGGAAGUCAUUUUCCAUGGUUUCCCUAAACUCUUCCCAUGUCCGAGUUUUUGACUCCGCAACUACUGAGGCCGCACACCGCUUAGCCUGUUGCUACCUGUCUGCUGCCUCCGGAGUCCUAUGAGCCAAAAGAACCCGAUAGGACUCAUUCUUCAGCUUGACGGCAUCCCUCACUGCUGGUGUCCACCAACGGGUUCGAGGAUUACCGCCACGACAGGCACCAACUACCUCGCCCCAAUCGGCCGCCUCGACAAUAGAGGUGCGGAACAUGGUCCACUCGGACUUAAUGCCCCGCACCUCCCUCGUGACAUUUUCAAAGUUUUUCCGGAGGUGGGAAUUGAACCUCUCUCCGACAGGAACCUCUGCCAGACGUUCCCAGCAGAACCUCACAAUGCGUUUGAGCCUGCCAGGUCUGUCCGGCAUCCUCCCCCACCAUCGCAGCCAACUCACCACCAGGUGGUGAUCGGUAGAAAGCUCCGCCCCUCUCUUCACCCGAGUGUCCAAAACAUACGGCCGCAAAUCCGAUGACACAACUACAAAGUCGAUCACGGAACUGCGGCCAAGGGUGUCCUGGUGCCAAGUGCACAUAUGGACACCCUUAUGUUUGAACAUGGUGUUUGUUAUGGACAAUCCGUGACAAGCACAAAAGUCCAAUAACAUAACGCCACUCGGGUUCAGAUCCGGGCGGCCAUUCUUCCCAAUCACGCCUCUCCAGGUUUUUCUGUUGCUGCCAAUAUAAGUGUUGAAGUCCCCCAGUAGGACAAGGGAAUCACCCGAGUGAGCACUUUCCAGUACUCCCUCGUGUGUACCCAAAAGGGGUGGGUACUCUUAACUGCUGUUUGGUGCGUAAGCACAAACAACAGUCAGGACCCGUCCCCCCAUCCGAAGGCGGAAGGAGGCUACCCUUUCGUCCACUGGGUUCAACUCCAACGUGCAGGCUUUGAGCCGGGGGGGAAACAAGAAUUGCCCCCCCAGCCCGUCGCCUCUCACUGCCGGAAACCCCAGAGCGGAAGAGAGUCCAGCCCCUCUCGAGAGAAGUGGUUCCAGAGCCCUUGCUGUGAGUCCGACUACAUCCAGCCGGAACUUCUCCACUUCGCGCACUAGCUCAGGCUCCUUCCCCCCCAGUGAGGUGACGUUCCAUGUCCCAAAGAUCGGACCGCCAAGUGCCCAGCCUUCGGCUACCGCCCAGCUCACAUCGCACCCGACCUCUAUGGUCCUUGCUCUGGGUGGUGAGCCCAUUGGAGGGGGGACCCACGUUGCCUCUUUGUCAUCGUGCGCCUGGCUCCAGAGGGGGGCCCCGGUGACCCACGUCUGGUCAAGGGAAAUCGGGGUCCUUUGUUUGUAUUUUUCAUAGAGGUCUUCCAGGUGCUCUUUGUCUGAUCCCUCACCUAGGACCAGUUUUUCUUGGGGGACCACACCAGGGGGCAUAAAGCCCCCGGACCACAUAGCUCCUAGGAUCAUUGGGACACGCAAACUCCUCUACCACACACUAAUAGUACACAGUGUGGCAUGAUUGUACACACUAAUAGUACACAGUGUGGUAUGAUUGUACACACUUAUAGUACACAGUGUGGUAUGAUUGUACACACUAAUAGUACACAGUGUGGUAUGAUUGUACACACUAAUAGUACACAGUGUGGUAUGAUUGUACAUACUAAUAGUACACAGUGUGGCAUGAUUGUACACACUAAUAGUACACAGUGUGGUAUGAUUGUACACACUAAUAGUACACAGUGUGGUAUGAUUGUACAUACUAAUAGUACACAGUGUGGCAUGAUUGUACACACUAAUAGUACACAGUGUGGUAUGAUUGUACACACUAAUAGUACACAGUGUGGUAUGAUUGUACACACUAAUAGUACACAGUGUGGUAUGAUUGUACACACUAAUAGUACACAGUGUGGUAUGAUUGUACACACUAAUAGUACACGGUGUGGUAUGAUUGUACACACUAAUAGUACACGGUGUGGCAUGAUUGUACACACUAAUAGUACACGGUGUGGUAUGAUUGUACACACUAAUAGUACACGGCGUGGUAUGAUUGUACACACUAAUAGUACACGGUGUGGUAUGAUUGUACACACAAAUAGUACACGGUGUGGUAUGAUUGUACACACUAAUAGUACACGGUGUGGAAUGAUUGUACACACUAAUAGUACACGGUGUGGUAUGAUUGUACACAUUAAUAGUACAUAGUGUGGUAUGAUUGUACACACUAAUAGUACACGGUGUGGUAUGAUUGUACACACUAAUAGUACACAGAGUGGUAUGAUUGUACACACUAAUAGUACACAGUGUGGCAUGAUUGUACACACUAAUAGUACACAGUGUGGCAUGAUUGUACACACUAAUAGUACACAGUGUGGUAUGAUUGUACACACUAAUAGUACACAGUGUGGCAUGAUUGUACACACUAAUAGUACACGGUGUGGUAUGAUUGUACACACUAAUAGUACACAGUGUGGUAUGAUUGUACACACUAAUAGUACACAGUGUGGUAUGAUUGUACACACUAAUAGUACACAGUGUGGUAUGAUUGUACACACUAAUAGUACACGGUGUGGUAUGAUUGUACACACUAAUAGUACACAGUGUGGUAUGAUUGUACACACUAAUAGUACACAGUGUUGUAUGAUUGUACACACUAAUAGUACACAGUGUGGUAUGGUUGUACACACUAAUAGUACAGUGUGGUAUGAUUGUACACACUAAUAGUACACGGUGUGGUAUGAUUGUACACACUAAUAGUACACGGUGUGGUAUGAUUGUACACACUAAUAGUACACGGUGUGGUAUGAUUGUACACAUUAAUAGUACACGGUGUGGUAUGAUUGUACACAUUAAUAGUACACAGUGUGGUAUGAUUGUACACACUAAUAGUACACGGUGUGGUAUGAUUGUACACACUAAUAGUACACAGAGUGGUAUGAUUGUACACACUAAUAGUACACAGUGUGGUAUGAUUGUACACACUAAUAGUACACGGUGUGGCAUGAUUGUACACACUAAUAGUACACGGUGUGGUAUGAUUGUACACACUAAUAGUACACAGUGUGGUAUGAUUGUACACACUAAUAGUACACAGUGUGGUAUGAUUGUACACACUAAUAGUACACAGUGUGGUAUGAUUGUACACACUAAUAGUACACAGUGUUGUAUGAUUGUACACACUAAUAGUAAACACUUUUAUACUUUGUACACACUAAUAGUACACAGUGUGGUAUGAUUGUACACACUAAUAGUACACAGUGUGGUAUGGUUGUACACACUAAUAGUACAGUGUGGUAUGAUUGUACACACUAAUAGUACACGGUGUGGUAUGAUUGUACACACUAAUAGUACACGGUGUGGCAUGAUUGUACACACUAAUAGUACACAAUGUGGUAUGAUUGUACACACUAAUAGUACACAAUAUGGUAUGAUUGUACACACUAAUGGUACACAGUGUGGUAUGAUUGUACACACUAAUAGUACACAGUGUGGUAUGAUUGUACACGCUAAUAGUACACCGUGUGGUAUGAUUGUACACACUAAUGGUACACAGUGUGGUAUGAUUGUACACACUAAUAGUACACAGUGUGGUAUGAUUGUACACGCUAAUAGUACACCGUGUGGUAUGAUUGUACACACUAAUAGUACACAGUGUGGUAUGAUUGUUCACACUAAUAGUACACAGUGUGGUAUGAUUGUUCACACUAAUAGUACACAGUGUGGUAUGAUUGUACACGCUAAUAGUACACAGUUUGGUAUGAUUGUACACACUAAUAGUACACAGUGAGGUAUUGUACACACAGUUUAGUAUGAUGGUCUUAGUCGAUCAGGCCUUAAUGUUUCAAUGUUACUUCCCCUCACACCUGUGUUAAGUCCCGCCCCUUCUUGUCCCGCCCCCUUCUUGCACAAAGGUUGUCAUGGAACUAAUCUAGUAGUGAAGUUAGCAUCAAAGUACAAUUCAUCAUCAGCUCCAGAAAAACGGUAAAAGUUCCACCAAAACAUUGUGGGUCGGGUGGAUUUGGACAAGUUGUGUGUGUGUGUGUGUGUGUGUGUGUUGGUGGGGGGGGAGGUUGUGACAUCACACAGGUGUCAUGAUACUUUUAUGUACAUUUGUUCCUAUUUUGAUGACGUGUUUUUUUUUGUACUUUUCACUUGCCAAGCUGAGUGUGUGUGUGUGUGUGUAGUUGUGUAGCUGGCUGACACAAUGUUGUCGCUUAGUUGGAUCAGCAAAGAUGACGAUACUGAUCUCACAAUCAGACUUUGAUAUCACCGCCUCAGCACAUGUGUGCCUUCUUGCAAUACUCACACUUGGCAUCAUGCAUCACACACAACACACAACAUACAACACACAACAUAAAACAUAGAACACAACAUCAAACAUACAACACACAACAUAAAUUAUACAACACAACAUUGAACACACAACAUUGAACAUACAAUACACAACAUUCAACAUACAAUACACAACAUAAAACACACAAAAUAGAACACACAACAUUAAACAUACAACACAACAUUCAAUACACAACAUAAAACAUACAACACAACAUUGAACACAUAACAUUGAGCAUACAACACAACAUUGAAAACACAACAUAAAACAUACAGCACAACAUAGAACAUAAAACAUACAACACAACAUUGAACACACAACAUCAAACAUACAACACACAACAUAAAACAUACAACACAACAUAGAACACACAACAUCAAACACACAAUAUUGAAAAUAAAACACACCAUUGAAAACAACAUUCAACAUAGAACACACAACAUAGAUUACACAACAUAGACCACAUAACAUAGAUUACACAACAUAAAACACAAUAUUGAACAUAAAACAACAUUGAACACACAACAUUCAACAUAGAACAUACAACAUAGAUUACACAACAUAAAACACAAUAUGGAACAUUAAACACAACAUUGAAAACACAACAUUCAACAUAGAACACACAACAUAAAUUACACAACAUAAAACAUACAACAUAAAACACAAUAUUGAACAUUUAACACAACAUUCAACAUAGAACACACAACAUAGAUUACACAACAUAAAACAUACAACAUAAAACACAAUAUUGAACAUUAAACAUAACAUUGAAAACACAACAUUCAACAAAGAACACACAACAUAGAACACACAACAUAGAUUACACAACAUAAAACAUACAACAUAAAACACAAUAUUGAACACACAACAUUCAACAUAGAACAUACAACAUAGAUUACACAACAUAAAACACGAUAUUGAACAUUAAACACAACAUUGAAAACACAACAUUCAACAUAGAACACACAACAUAAAUUACACAACAUAGAACACACAACAUAGAUUACACAACAUAAAACAUACAACAUAAAACACAAUAUUGAACAUUUAACACAACAUUCAACAUAGAACACACAACAUAGAUUACACAACAUAAAACAUACAACAUAAAACACAAUAUUGAACAUUAAACACAACAUUGAAAACACAACAUUCAACAUAGAACACACAACAUAAAUUACACAACAUAGAACAGACAACAUAAAACAUACAACAUAAAACACAAUAUUGAACAUUUAACACAACAUUGAACACACAACAUUCAACAUAGAACACACAACAUAGAUUACACAACAUACAACAUAAAACACAAUAUUGAACAUUAAACACAACAUUUAACACACAACAUUCAACAUGGAUUACUCAACAUAAAACAUACAACAUCAAACACAAUAUUGAACAUAAACACAACAUUUAACACACAACAUUCAACAUGGAUUACUCAACAUAAAACACAAUAAUGAACAUAAACACAACAUUUAACACACAACAUUCAACAUGGAUUACUCAACAUACAACAUAAAACACAAUAUUGAACAUAAACACACCAUUAAACACACAACAUAGAUUACACAACAUAGAACACACAGAAACUCACAAUGCAGUGUGGUUGCAACAACUGAUUGGACAAAGAAGAUGAAAAAGAAAGUUAGAUGAACUAAAAGUUGUUUUUCUCACAACUUUGAUCUACCUCAGUUUUAACUUCCUCACUUCUAGUGCUGGUUAGUCCAACCCAAAUUAAUAUAACCCAGAUUGGUCUAACCCAAAUUAAUAUAACCCAGGUUAAUUUAACCCAAAUGAGUCUAUCCCAGAAUCAUAUAACCCAGGUUAGUCUAACACAAAUUAAUCCAAACAAGGUUAGUCUAACCCAAAUUACUUUAACCCAGGUUAGUCCAACCCAAAUUCAUAUAACCCAAAUUUGUCUAACCCAGGUUAGUCCAACCCAAAAUAGUCCAAACCAGGUUAGUCUAAACCAAAUUCAUCUAACCCACAUUAGUCUAAUCCAGUUGAGUCUAUACCACGUUUGUGUAACCCAGGUUAGUCUAACCUGAAUUACUUUAACCCAGGUAAAUUUAACCCAAGUUAAUUUAACCCAGGUAAAUUUAACCCAAAUUAAUUUAACCCAGGUUAGUCCAGGCCAGGUUAGACUAAACCAAGUUAGUAUCUGCCAUGUUAGACUAAACCAGGUUAGUCUAGACCAGUCUAGUGUCCUGGAUCAGGUUUCUUCCCACGUGUUGUUGGCAUUGAAUGAAGUUUUUGAGUGGAGGUUUGGGAAGAGUCCGGGUGUUGUCAACAAAAACGUGUUGCUUGAUGAGAUGAGAGUUGACAAAGUGUUUGUUGCAUGAAGAACAACCAAGUGGUGCCGAGUCUUGUGUGGAGAAAAGUGCUCCUUCAAACAAUUCUGAGAAUUUUAAUUUAUGAACUUUUGUGUACACAACUUGAGGAAAAAGUUGUGAUGUUUUGUAUUUUUGUUUUGUACUACACUACACUGUGUGUGUGUGUGUGUGUGUGUUUCGGCCAAACUUGUGUCCCUCUUGGUUGUUGCCUCAGGUUUUUUUUUUUUCAUUGAUUGGAUUAUUUUUAAUAAUAAAAUAUUUUGCAAUUUU